CAUUUUCAUUAGUUUUAUGCUAUUCUUAACAAUAGAGCGCCAUCUUGGCACAUAAAACGCCGAUGAAACAGUUUUAGCAUUCGCAUUCUUGUUUAAGUCGUCUUAGUCGUUAGUUGAUUGUUAAUCAGUCUACACACUUAAAAAAAAAACAAAAAUGGCCGAUCUUCCCCGUGCUGACGUAGAAAAAGCAACAGCUGUCUUCGAAGUUUAUGACUUCGAUGGUAGCGGCACCGUCGAUGCUAUCAAUGUAGGUGAUAUGCUCCGUGCCUUAAACACCAACCCAACUCUUGCAACAAUUGAAAAAGUUAGUGGCACCACAAAGAAGGGUGAAAAAAGAUUGAAAUUGGAUGAAUUCUUACCAAUCUACAGUCAAAUCAAAAAAGACAAAGAACAAGGAUGCUACGAAGAUUUCUUAGAAUGUUUGAAAUUGUACGACAAAGCUGAAAAUGGUCUUAUGUUGGCUGGUGAACUCACCCACAAUCUUCUUUCCCUUGGUGAAAAACUUACCGAAGCUGAAUGUGACGCUAUCUGCAAAGAUUGCUUAGACCCCGAAGAUGAAGAUGGCUUCAUUCCCUAUGCUCCAUUUUUAAGAAAAGUGUGUGACGGCUGGUCAAAACCAGCUCCAAAAGAAAAAGCACCUAAAGCUGAAGAACCAGCCGCCGAAUAAAAAUACAUCUAUUAUAAUUAACAAUCAAUUAAAUGACUCAAAACAUUAAUGCAACAGUAAUUUCAUCAUCAACUCAACAAAAUUUCAAAUGUUGCAAAGAAUCUGCUGCUAAAUUAA